AUGUCAGUCUUCUGUCGUCCAUUGCAGCACUUGGACCUCUUUGCUAUUACUGUGCUGCCAUUGUCGCAGAUCGGGUCGCUCGUGAGUGCGGGCUUGACAGAGGAUUCGAAGGGAGAAGCUGGCACUUUGGAGGACCAGGAAGUGGCUGAGCUAGAAGAGAAGCUGCCUGACCAAAUCCAGUCCCUCAAAGAGGAAGCUCUUGUUCGGAUAACCAACUACCAUGUACCUCAAGGAGCAGGGGAUAUAGUCAUGAUUCAGUCAGAUCACACUGGUGCUGUGGAUAUCCUUUCAGCUGAGCUGGAGACUGCAGACCUCCUUGGGGAGCAGAGGAAAGCUCAGCCUCCCCCUCUGGCUCCACCCACCACGUGGACCACUGAGAAGAUGAAGGAAUUCAAAGCCAGGAUGGGAAAGGAGAAGAAUGGCCGGAUGGUGGUGAAGCGAGGCGAGGUGGUGACAGUCCGCGUGCCAACCCAUCCUGACGGGAAAUGCAUUUGCUGGGAAUUUGCUACAGAUGACUACGACAUUGGGUUUGGAAUCUAUUUUGACUGGACCACAGUUACUAGCACUGCCAUUACUGUUCAGGUCAGCGAAUCCAGUGAUGAGGAAGAUGAAGAGGAGGAGGAGGAAAUUGAAGGACUUGCCCCUGUUGGUGAUGUGGAAAGGGGCUCCAAAAGCUAUCUGCGGAACCGCUACGGAGAGAUCAUGCCCGUAUAUCGGAGGAACAGCCAUCGGGAGGUGCAGGCAGGCAGCCACGAGUACCCAGGCGAGGGCAUCUACUUGCUGAAAUUUGAUAACUCGUACUCUCUCCUCCGCAAUAAGACUCUGUUCUUUCACGUCUAUUACACCAGCUGAAGAAAGCGGAAGGGGCAGGGAUGGCAGGCAGGUAAUGGUGAGUGCAGGAGGCUGCCACCCAGCCCUGGUGCUGCCUGAUGGGCACUGCUGUGUGACAGAACCAAGGUGCACUUCUGCCGGCUCCUCU